CUGCUGCAGUCGUUCGGUGCUGACGUCCUCCAGGUGCUGUUCAACACGGCCGGCCGCGUCAGCCUGUGCAGCGCAGAGCGCCUCCCCGCCGAGACCGCGCGCCUGCUGCUGGACCAAGGCGUCGCGACCGCCUGCUAUGUGGUGCACUCGCUGAUCAUCAUGUCGCAGGCGGUGACGCUGAACGUGGCCAUCAACAGCCACAACAACGCGCUGCUGACGCUGCUCAUCUCCAACAACUUCGUCGAGAUCAAGAGCAACGUCUUCAAGCGCCUCGGCAAGGAGAACCUCCACAAGCUCGCCUACCUGGAUACUGUCGAGCGGUUCCACAUCAUGGCGCACCUUCUCUUCGUACUCGUCCAGAACGUCCUCACGUCCGAAGAGCCCUGGGCCGUCGAUCUUGCUCUGAACGCGCUGAUGAUCGUGGUGUGCGAGGUCCUGGUUGACGUCAUCAAGCACGCGUUCCUGGCCAAGUUCAACGAGAUGAAGCCCGCCGUCUAUGGCGGCUUCCUGCAGAGCCUCUGCUGGCAGACGGUACAAAGCGGUUCACACCAAGUGCACAAGACGCUGUCGUUCGUGCCCUUGGCACCAGCGUGCGUGGUUGUACGGGUUGUCUCGCCCCUCCUCCCCAAGAUUCUCCCGGCAGGGCCCCCCUGGCUGACGGCCCUCCUAGCCAUGCUCGUGUGCGUGUGCAGCAUAGCGGUGCUGACGCUCUCAAAAGUAGUGCUAGGACUGGGCUUACAGAUGCACGCACGGUGGUACCUCAAUAGGUGCAUACAGAAGGGUCUCGCUCAUCCACAUCAGGAUUGAGAGGCGCCGUUAGACGUUCGGGACGGCGUCACCGGCAACAUUGAGAUCAGCAUUGGUGAACGGUCAGUGUUUACUGAACAGGACAGUGCAAACGGCGGUUGCUAGAGGCUGAGACACGUACGUUUUUCGCGUGCAUAAAACUUACGGAGCCAUGCUCGUGCAUCUAUGCAAUGGUGACUGGUACGAUUACCGGGCGAUCGAGCUAUAUAGGUGCAUUGACAUGCUAGCUAUACCUGGGAGACCGCCAUGGUAUUUAAUCAUAUGAAGUCCC